AUGAGACUUCACAUUGGUAACAAGCCGUUCCAAUGUUCAGAGUGUGGGAAAGGUUUCAGUGAGAAGCAGUAUCUCCUAGCGCACCAGAGACAUCAUACGGGCGAGCGUCCUUAUACGUGUUCUGAGUGCGGGAAAAGUUUCAUAUGGAAGGCUCACCUCCGGGAACACCAGACUAUUCACACGGGAGAGCGUCCGUUUUCAUGUUCUGUAUGCGGGAAAACGUAUAAAAGGAAAGUACAUCUGACUGAACACCAGAGGGAAGCACACGUAACCAGACACUAG